ACCAGGAGAUGGCGCUGUUAGAUCUGACUGUUGGCCGCUUUGCGGCAGCUCUUGUCGUUACACGUUGACUGUAAACAGCAGCCGAGGUUGAUUUUUAACAUGGAUUUCAAUAAUUUAUCUAUUUCAUUAUUACAGGCGGUGUAUCCGGAGUUACUUUUUAAUGUAUCGCCAUCAAACAAUUGUAACUCAAGGGGGAGGAAAAGCUAACUGUACUGGCCGUUAGCUAGCAAGCAACUGCUCAUUUUAAGGCCAACUGACUCGUUUAUCUAGCGUUGCUCUCAAGUCGCGCAGAACAGGCGUGUAGUAUUUGACCACAAUGAUUAAAUGUUUGCCCGAAGACGUGCAGGGGAAACUUCGCUCCGGCGUCGCUAUUCCCUCACUCCAACAGUGCAUAGAGGAGCUCAUCCUCAACAGCCUGGAUGCCGAGGCCACCUGCGUGGGGGUCAGGAUGGACAUGGAGGCGUUCAAAGUUCAGGUCGUCGACAACGGUGCCGGCAUUAAUGCCGAGGACAUGGAGUGCGUGGGAAACCGGUACCACACGAGCAAGUGCGGCACCGCCGAAGACCUGGACAACCUCCGGUGGUACGGUUUCAGGGGAGAAGCCCUGGCAAGUGUGGCGUCGCUAGCCACGCUGGUUGAGAUCUCCACGCGGACCAGAUCGUCGGUGAGAACUCACGUCAAAAUCUUCAAGGACGGCAAGGCCAUGGGUGUGUUUGAAGCAGAGACUGCCAGGCCGUCUUCCGGCACAACCGUGGUCAUUUGCAACUUCCUCCGCAACAUGCCGGUCCGGAGGAAGAGGAUGGACGCCGUGCUGGAGGGCGAGCGGAUCAGACACCGAGUGGAGGCCGUCUCGCUGAUGCACCCCUCUGUGUCUUUCACCUUGAAGAACGACUGCACAGGAGCCAUGAUGGUGCAGCUCCCCAAAGUCACAGACACCUACCACAGGUAUGCCCAGAUACACGGCCUCGGGCGGGCACAGAAACUCGGAGACAUCCGGAGCACCCGCGGACCGUUUGAAGUGACGGGUCACGUGGGCAGAGAAGGCCACUACAGCAACAGCCUGCAGUUCCUGUAUGUGAAUGACCGACUGCUCCUGAGGACGCGGCUACACAAGCUCCUGAACUUUCUCCUCCGCAGACUGAGCAGCUCGAAUCAGAAGGGCGACAGUCCGGACGGGCAUUCCACCACCAGGAGCCCAAAGCACAAGCGAAGCCAAGAACUGCACGCGGUGUACGUCAUCAACAUCAAAUGCCCUUACUCGGAGUACGACAUAUGCCUUGAGCCUGCCAAAACUCUAAUAGAGUUCAGAGAUUGGGACGGGAUUUUGCUAUGCAUGGAAGAGGCCGUUAAAGCUUUCUUGAGCAAGGAGGGCCUGGUGGCUGUGCUUCGUCAGGAUGACGUGGGCGGCGACGCUCCAAAUAUGUCAUGUGCUCGUGUGACAGACCAAGGGGCACACAGCACGGGCAACGGUGGUCCAGACCCCCACAGAGCUUCCUCUGUAGAUUGUGCUUUUGGCAUGAAACUGGCAUCUGAUGCUGUUUAUCGAAAGCGCAAGGAUGGCCGCGUGCGUGAGGACGACGUUAGCGAGGAGUGUGGUCAGACCGAGGGCCAGGAAGAGACUGAAGAACCAGAGAGGCAAAAGAGAACUGAAAAAGAGGAGGAGGAGAUAAAUAAUGAAGAAAGUUUAAACAAAACGAAUAGAUAUGAGCUGCUGUAUGAUGAUGCUGGGCUCAAACAACCCUCUGAUAAUACAAUUCCAGUGGAAGAGAAGAGAAGCUUUAUUGGAGCUGGGGAAAACCCUCCAUUGUCGUCUGUGUCGAAUUCAGUCAGACAACUAGAAAGUGAAAAACUGGAAACCUCAAAGGAAAACGAGAUAUUGUGGAGCACAAGUACCUCAAGCAUCAGUGUGAUUCCACUAGAAAGCAUCUAUCAACAAACUCAACCCGAUUCAAGCAAAGUUGAGCAAAUAGUACCCGACUGCCAGGGUGCUGGAGGGCAUGAACACACUUUAAUCAGUAACCGAAGGAUCAGCCUGUGUGAUCCUUUCAUUCAUGAAAAUCUGCUGACUCAGGACCUGGCCCCAAUCAACAAGUCGGUACUGCAGCAACAGGUUUCAGCGGCGAAAACCGAAGAGAGAUCCUUUGCAUCAAAACGCAAAAUCUCCCUGUACGCGGGCCGUGGCGGAACCUGUCAGAAACCAUCGGAAGAAGUUAUUCCCAAAAAGAUUCUCCGGGUCUCUGCUGGUCAAAAGUUGCCUCAAUGUAAGGAGUCUGGAUCCCUUGAGAAGUUUAGAAGAAUUUGUGGUCCAGCUGGUGAACUGAAAUCUCUCUCUCAAGAGGAGGAUACCAGAUUUCCCCAAAUUCAGCGUUCACACAAUGUGUCUGUGUGCCAGAAGGACCAUCGGAGCGGCGGCGUUCCCAAACCGGAGACGCGGAGCGACCUGCGGCGCCCGCCGACCUCCUCGGCCCUCGCCGACUCAAAACCCGUCUCCGGGCAGGAUAGAGCUAAGUUGUCUUUGGCGGCUAAACUUUCCCACUUGACACAACACAGGACAGAGAGGCCAAACGUUUCAGCACACCCGCCGCGGGCGACCUCCCAGGAUGGUACCUGUUGCCGUGGUGACGGCGACAUCAACAACAACGACGAGGACCGCCGCGACGUCCUCGGCCGGUGUGAAGGCCCUCGACUGGCCGAGGGGGAGGAGGAGGACACGGCGUCGGGCGACUGGCUUCAUCACUACGAUGCAAGCGUCGGAAAGACGGUUUACGUCAACAGAGCGACCGGGCUCAGCCGGUACGAAGGGCCGCCUGCCGAAGGAAGCCGGGCGCGCUGCACCUCGGAUGUCACCAACAUGGCGGUCAGCGUCAUCUCUGAAGCGGGGCUGGAAUACAGAUGUUACCCAUUUCAGGUGAAGCUAGUGUUGCCCUUCCUCCCUAAAUCCAGGGCAGAAAGAGUGGUUAGCUCAGGGCUUGAUGACAGAGGUGCCCCACACACAGAUCACAUCCUGGAUGACGUCGAGAGGGCCAACUCGCUGAAGUCGAUGUACUCAAAAUGGAAUAAUCCUGUUUUUGUCUGCCCUUCUAAGGUCGGCGUGGACGUCUCCAGUGGGCGAGCCGACGGACUCGCUGUCAAGAUCCACAACAUCCUGUUUCCGUACCGUUUCUCUAAGGCCAUGAUUCAUUCAAUGAAGGUUAUUCAUCAGGUGGAUAAGAAAUUUCUUGCGUGUCUUAUUGAUACGAGGGAUGAGGAGUCUGCAGCACUCGCUGAAUCUGAAGGAAACCUCCUGGUGCUGGUAGACCAACACGCUGCGCACGAAAGAGUUCGACUCGAAAAUCUACUCGCAGAUUCUUAUGAGGAGGACCCAGAGGCGCCUGGGGAGAGACGUCUGUGUUCAUCCACCAUUUUGCCGCCUCUCGAGAUCAGCGUAACGGAGGAAGAGCAAAGGCUGCUGAGGUCUUGUGAAGCACAUUUGCGUAGUUUGGGCCUGGAAGUGAAGUUCUCGGCGGCAGCGAAACCACAAGCUCUCGUGGGAAAGGUACCGCUGUGCUUCAUGGAAAAGGAAAGUAAUGAGCUCAGGCGGGGCCGACCGUCCGUAAUCAAGACUGUUGUUAAGGAAUAUCUUCAAGAGCAGAUUGAGUUGCUUCGCUCAACUGGGAGAGUGAGAGGAACUCUGCCUCUCACUGUGCUGAAGGUGCUAGCCUCGUUAGCAUGCCACGGUGCCAUCAAAUUCAAUGACUCCCUGAGUAGAGACGAAUGCUGCAGCUUGGUGGCUUCCUUGUCCUCCUGUCAGUUGCCCUUCCAGUGUGCCCAUGGCCGACCAUCCAUUGCUCCCUUAGUAGACACCCUCCAUUUGGACAGCGACGAGAAGGAAUUACAGAAACCCAACCUUCAAAGGCUCAGAAGAAUGUAUAAAUCAUGGAAACUCCAUGGAAAUGGAUAACUGGGUGUGUAUCUCAUCAAAGCUCCCUUAUUAAAUGGCUUAAAUAGUCAAAAUCCCCCCAAAGCUCUGUAACCUGAGCCUCUUUGUUAAUUCAUUGAAAGACUUCCCAAAAUAACAUUUCAUACAUAUAGCAAUUUUAUAUAUAUAUAUAUAGCAAAUGAAUACACAAGUUGUACACAAAGGAGGAGUUUAUAAAGGAAUCCUUUAUUUGCUAUUACACCUGUCUUGAACAGAGUCAAAUGGGACCAGUAAAGUCAUCCGCAAUGGACCAUGAGAGGUGCUCGAGAUGCUUUAGCUCCGCCUCAUGGAGGGUCAGUUUGUCCAAUGUUUUUACGUCCGACAAAGAGAUUGCAAAAUGUGUUUUUGUCGCUCCAUCCUACAUUGGAUUUUCAGUAGUGGUUUGGAUUAAUACUAAUGGUGCUGGUGAUAUUUAAUGUAACCGCAUUAACACGACCCCUCACCUCUGUGUUGUUCUUGGCUCCCACAUCAUGCUUCAGGCUCAGCUUGACCAUUCGGUGAAGAACCAUAUUAUAAUUAAAUGGCACUCUGUUCAUAACAUUUGGUUAUUAGACUGUUCUUUCAGAAUGGCAUGUUACGAU